AUGCACCUGCAGCAGGAGGACGAGUUUGGCGAGGAGGAAAGCGACCAGGAGUUCAUCCUCAACAUCCUCGCCGCGAGCCCGUCGACGCGCGAUUCGCGCGGGUACAUGGCCUCGUUCCACCCCCCGACGCCCGAACCAGCCAUCACGCUCGAGGCCGAGCUGCCGACCGCUGUGCCGCCCGCCGCCGUGUCCGCCGCCGAACCAGACAACCAGCUGGUCACGCAGCUGCUCAACCCGAUCGUGCGCCGCCCGGCGCUCGUCAAGAUCCAAGGCCCGUUCACCGACCACCAGCUGGCGUCGAUCGCGCGCGGGAUCCACUACCUGCAGAAACUCGGCCUCGUGUCCGUCGUCGUCAUUGACCGCGACGACAUCCCGCCAUACGAGUCGGAGAAUGCGGCCGCGGCAGAGGCGCAGCGCACUUUGGUGCUGCGUGACGUCGAGCGCGUGGUGCACUACCUCACCAAGGCGCGCGCCCCCGCCCGCCCGAUCUUGGCCACCGUCGCGCGCCUGAGCGAAGAAGGCGACGUGUACGUCGAGGCCGAGGGGCUCGACCAUGUGCGCCGCGCCGUCGAGGACGGCGAGAUCCCCGUACUCAUGCCUGUCGCGCUCGACCAGGGCUGCCGCUCGCGCCGGAUCAGCGCAAACGGCGUGCUGUGUGCGCUGGCAGAAGCGAUGAGCACGAGCAGCGAGGGGUCGGUCCCCAUCACUGCUGCGCCGCCUGGUGGCCGGCUGGAUCUCACCCCCGUGCGCCUCCUCAUCAUCAACCGCGAGGGCGGCAUCCCGAGUUAUGCGCGGUACGGGUUACCGCACCUGUCGAUCAACCUGUCGUCCGAGUUUGACUACAUCAACCGCACGUUCCAGCCCAACUGGCGGCAGUCGCACCCUACCGCGCUGUCCAACCUCGCGCUGGCAGACGAGUGCUUGAGCCACAUGCCGCGCACGUCGAGCGCCUUGAUCGUCAGCCACCGGUCGCCAGCGGCCCUGAUCGCCAACCUCAUCACCAACAAGCCGGCGCACUCGUCGUCUCUGCCACACGCGCUCCUCGAGCAGUCCGAGGGCCGCAUCACGCCCGACACGCCGACGCUCAUUCGCCGCGGCAUGCCGGUUCGCAUCCUGCGGAAGAUGGAGGAUAUCGACAAGGCCAAGCUCACGACGCUCAUGGAGCGCUCGUUCAACCGCGUGCUCAACCAGGACGCGUACUGGGCGCGAUUGGAGAAGGACCUCGACUUUGUCAUUGUCAUUGGCGACUAUGCCGCCGCGGCCGUGGUCACCCACGAGGGCCGCGACGAGGGCCAGGAUAUCUGCUACCUCGACAAGUUUGCCGUGCUCCCCUCGCACCAGGGCGACGGCACCGUCGACUUCCUGUGGGUCGCGCUCCGCGACGAGACAUACGGCCUGGGUCUGCAGGACGCCGCCAACCCCAGCGUCGGCUCGCUCAGCGGUGUCGGCCGCGGCCGCGACCUCGUGUGGCGCAGCCGCGCAAACAACCCCGUCAACAAGUGGUACUUUGAGCGCUCGAACGGCUUCGUCAUCUGCGGCACCAACAAGAUGUUCUGGUGCGACGCCGAGCAGCGCAUGCGCGAGAUUGCCCAGGAGACGGGCGGCCUCAUGCGUGUCGUCGACCCCUCCGAGUCGGACCGCAUCGCAAAGUGGGCCCCGGUGAUUGAGAACAUCAAGUCGGCGUGGUCCGACUAG